AUGGAUGGCCCCGUUGCUGCGACAAUUCAUCCGUCGAACCGAGCCAAAAGGAACAGACGCACGUUUAUUGACGCAGCUCUUCGAAUUGUUGCAUGUAUCGAUUCGUCCAUCGCUGGACGAGGAGCUAACGGAGAAGCAAAAAAGUGGCUGCUGGCGCAAGACCGCUGUCCGGCUCUGUGCAAACAAGAACGGCGCGUCCUUCACUUGGCUCCAGUCAGCUCGAGCAGUGCCUCGUUGUUACGUCAGCGCCAUCGCUGGAUGAUUUGA